AUGGCGCCUUCGAUUCGCGGGGUGUCUCUGUUCAUCCAGGAUGUGCGGAGUUCGCCUUCUUCGAGCCGCGAGCAAGCGCGCGUUCUGCAGGAGCUGGCGAAGAUCCGCCAGCGCUUCGCGCAUCCGAAGAAGCCGCUGACAGGGUACGAGAAGAAGAAAUGUCUCACCAAGCUGCUGUACAUACACCUGCUGGGCUACCCCGUGGACAUUGGCCACGCGGAGGCAAUUUCUCUCUUGUCUUCGCCGCACUACUCGGAGCGCGCGGCCGCUUACCUCUUUUGCUCGCUUCUCCUCGUCGACUCGUACACUGCGGGCCGCGAUCUCCCUGAACUGCGGGGUCUCUGUUGCUCCUCGAUCAAAAAAGAUCUUUCUCUCCAGCACGAAGACUUUGCCGCCCUCGCUCUCGACUGCGCUAGCUACAUCUCUGACGCAGAUGCUGCAGCGGAGCUCUUCCCCCAGAUGCAGGCGAUUGCGAAUCCGUCUUCCUCGGCGUCAGCGUUGAUUCGGCAGAAGGCGUACAGCUGCAUGUUGGUGUUUUUUCGGCUGCGUCCUUCUCUGCUGCCGUGCGACGUGUGGGCGUCGCGUUUGGGUCAGGCGUUGCUGUUUGAGCAGGAUCUGUCUUGUCUCCUGUCGCUGGUGAACUUGAUUUUCUACGCCGUCCUCCGCACGAAGCAAUUGCACCGCUGGCAGCAGCAGCUGCAACUCUCUGCGAUUAACAUCCUCGCGAGAAUCCUCUCGAAAGAUGUCCCCGAACCCUUCUUCUACCACGGCACGCCUGCGCCGUGGCUAGCUGUCAGACUCCUCCAGCUUCUCCAACGCUUCCAGGUGAACGGGAAGGGUGCGCGCGGAGAGCAAGGCGAAGCCGUCGCUCUCUCCCUCAACGAAAUCGUCAAGACCGUCUUCACGCAAGUCGCCGCUGCAACUGAGGAAGAGCGACAGACGUCGGGGGGGAAGGGAGACCACGGAGCAUCUGGAGAAGCCGGCGCGCCGCCGCAGAGAGGCAUCAGCUUCUUAGGAAGAAAGCCGAAAGCCUUGAAUGCCGCCUCAGUGUCGCCCUCGAUCAUCCAGCAUGCAGUGCUCUACGAGGCAAUCAGCCUUUCUGCCCAUCUUCAGGCAGAUGCAAACAAGGAUUUGCGACAGUCCGCUGCUGCACUCCUCUGCUCCUUCGUUGAGGAAGGCGAUCCCAACUUCCGAUACAAGAGUCUCUCUCUGGUGGCCGCGAUGGCUGCAGACCCCGACAUUCAACCUGAACUGAAGGGGGCGGUUCCGGCGAUUCUCCGACUGCUGGGAGAAGAAGACAUUUCGCUCAGAAGACAGGCAAUCGGCCUUCUCUUCGCCCUCACUGGGCCUGACAACUGGAGCGAGAUCGUCUUGACUCUCUUGGAGAGCCUUCAGCGAGACGCGGAAACCCUCCAGGACGACAUCACCGCCCACAUUGCCGUGCUCGUCGAGACGUAUGCGCCGGAUCCUACAUGGCUCGUCGACGUCACCUUCCAGAUGCUGCAGCGAGCGCCGCAGCACGUGCGGGAUGAAACCUGGGUGCACUUGAUUCAAGUGGUGUCGGGCAGCACUCUCGCCGACUCGGCGGACGCCUCGAAAGACGGAGACAAACGCACAGGAAAAAAAGAAAAAGCGCCUUCCGUGGGUCAACCGGACGGCGCGCUGCAGCGUUACGCCGCGGGCCGUGCUGCAGAGUUUGUCGAAGAUGCUUUCCUCAACGAGACGCUUCUCAGGCUGUGCGCGUACCUUCUGGGGCAGUUUGGGCAUUUGAUAAAGGCGCGCGUUUCAGGUCGGCGGCAGAUCGAGGCGUUGUUGUUCCAUUUCCGGCGGUUUGCCUCGGCGUCGACGUUCCUCACUCCCGGAAACUUCCCGCCCUUCACCUUCAUUCCGCUGAGCGACGAGCCUCCCGUCGCGUCCUGUUGCUAUCUCCUCCCCCUGCUACUCUUUGCGCUCGUGAAACUCGCUCACACCUUCCCGAUGGAUGCAGCCCCAGUGCUUCAGCUGCUGCAGGAACUCCACGACAGCCGAGACUUGGAGUUGCAAACGAGGGCCGUCGAGUUGUCUGCCCUGUUGCAACUGCCCGAUCGGCAGUUUGUGACGCAGACGCUCGCGCUGCUGCCGCCCUUUCGCCGCUGCCAACUGCUGGCUCGGCCUUCUCCGCCUCGAGCCUUUGCGGGGCCCGGAGGCGGCAGGACGACGAGGGUCGGCGCGAACCGCGAGGCGGAAGAGCGCCUGGCUGUGCACCUGCGAGUCGCGCCGCCGCCAACGCGAGAGGCGUUCGCUGCUGCCUUCUCCCCUCGGCCCACGCGAGAGGCCCGGGGAAGGCGAGGCUUCUCGCCUUCGCCGCCACGCGAGAGUGUCGGCGAGAGCACUCCGAGUCGCGAAAGCAGUUCCAGUUCAGUGAGCUUGGAGAGUUCUGCGAGCGAUCGCGGCAGGGAGGACGACGCCAGCGAAGAAGAGCCAGUGGGGAGGCGACGCCAGAGCGCGCGAGGUGGGCGAGAAGACAGAGACCGAAGAAGCCCCUCGAGGGCGUCCAGCGAAGCUUCUCGUGGAUCUUCGCGGUCUUCUGAGUCAGAAGAGGACGACCGGGGCAGCGGCCGCAGCAGCCGCAGCAGCCGCAGCAGCGACCAGAGAAGAGAAGAGGAAGCGGAGGCGGCGAGACUGGCGCAAGAGAAACUGCUCGACCUGUUGAAGAGUCAACCGCUGCCACAGAGCCUCAAUUCAGAAGACCAGAAUCGCGAGUUGUGGAAGCGCACGGGAGGCGUGGCAAACAGGCCGGAGAUGUUGCUGAAAGACGAGGGGUUUCGUCGAUCGGGAGAAACCAGCUGGGCAGAAGGCGGAAGUGGAAACGAGUUGGUGAAUAUUCUGCCGCUCCAGCAGGCAGUUCAGAGAAUUCGCGUGAGGUGUCUGCAGCCCUUCAGCACGCCGCCCAAACUCCCCUUUCUCCUUUUCGUCUCGGCCGCUGGUGGCAUGACGCAGUCCCCGCAGCAAAUCCAACUCCCUCUCACGCUCCCGCUCAUUAUGGCGAAUUUCGUGGUGCCCGCAACGGCAGUGAACGAGGGCUCGGUGUUUCUGCGCUACUGGAAGCAUCUUGCUCCGCGGGAAGAAGGGAGAGAAGGGGAGAGCAAGGAAAAGGUGGUGAUCGGGCCGCUCGCGUUGCCACCGCACCAGGUUCCUCUCUUCUUGAGCGCCGGGUUCAAGUUCCACGUGAUCAAGGUUGGGCGCAAUCUCUGCGGCAGCGGGACGUUCCACACAGGUACUCCCGCAGCCGGCUCGACCAACGGCGCGGGCCCCCGCUUCGUCUGCGCGUCUGCCAUGUGCACCAUCGAGUUAAAUCCGAAUGCGGAACCUUUGCUGGCGCGGAUAACAGUGCGUGCGGCGCAUCCUCGCGUGUCGCAGUACUUGGCUGGCCUUCUCGGGUUCUACUUGCUCCACUCAUCGGCGCCCUCCCCCCGCGCGCUCCCCUGUGCCCCGGAGUUCGCGCCGCUGCAGUCCCCUUCGUCGCCUUUUAUGAUUGGGCCAGCCGGCGGCGAGAGCUCGGGCAAUCCGCUGGCGCCCGCCUCGGGCCCUAUGUCGGCGAUGCUCGGCAGUCACCCCGGCGUGAAUCUGAGUGCGGCACAGAGUCCGAGUAUGGCCGCUCCUCUGUUCCCGUCUGUCACUGCGGGGUCACCUGGCCUGCCUGCACAGAACUUCUUCAACAGACUCGCCAACUGA